GCUUGGUGCUGCGGCAUUACGCACGGCACAACCUGCCCUUACUGACGCUCUCGGUCUCGUAUUAGGGUUACAAGGGUCUUCGAGAGACCAUAUCAGCCUGUUCAGCCCUGGGCGGUGCAACACCUCUGUCAGCUCUCUGCAGUUAUGCACGCCAGGGACAGGAUUUUUAUAUAUCACACAAAUUACCACGGACACAUUCUUGGCUUUGCACCAAACGCAAACGGUUUAAUUUUCAUCUGAGAUCUAAAGUCUGCAGUGAGCGGUGUUUUAUUCCACACGGACAUUGCACAGAUUUGAACUUUAAGGAAUUUUUCUUUCUCUGGAAUGUUGAAACAUGACCUUUUUGCGCGCGUCCUGGAGAGCUGAAAAGUGAUUUUUGCGCAAAGAAGAAAUCAAAACCAAUUGGAGUAUGGAGAACAGCACUUUAAUAAAAUUCAGCAACGGGACUGAUACGUGGACUGAUUAUAGUGUCGAAUACAAGGUGGCGAGCAUCUUAUUAGUGAUUCUUAUUUGUGGAGUUGGAAUUGUUGGCAAUGUUAUGGUCAUCCUUGUGGUCUUAACGACCAAGCACAUGCGUACCCCAACUAACUGCUACUUGGUGAGUCUGGCACUUGCGGACCUUAUGGUCCUGACUGCAGCCGGGCUGCCCAACAUCACCGAGAGUCUGUUUAGCGGCCAUUGGGUGUACGGAUACGCCGGGUGCCUCUCCAUCACUUAUUUACAGUACCUGGGCAUCAACGCGUCCUCCUGCUCCAUCACAGCCUUCACCAUUGAACGCUACAUCGCCAUCUGCCACCCGAUAAAAGCGCAGUUUAUGUGCACCCUCUCCAGAGCCAAAAAAAUAAUUGUUCUCGUUUGGGUUUUAACGUCCCUCUAUUGCGUUAUGUGGUUUUAUCUUUCCGACACGAAAGAGGUUGUUUUUGAGAACGCUGUCCUCGUGACAUGCGCCUACAAAGUGUCUAGAAACCUGUAUUUGCCCAUAUAUUUCACUGAUUUCGCCGUGUUUUACGUUAUCCCGCUUUUGCUGGCCACUGUUUUAUACGGAUUGAUCGCAAGAAUUCUUUUCCUCAACCCACUCCCGUCGGAUCCCAAGGAAAGUCGAAGAAAUUGGAAAAAGGAGUCGUCCGUACAUGGGAACUCCAGGAGUUCCUCCAGCAGCACAACUGCUGCUUCUCGGAGACAGGUGACAAAGAUGCUGGCGGUGGUAGUGAUCCUCUUCGCUGUGCUGUGGAUGCCCUAUCGAACGCUGGUGGUGGUCAACUCCUUCCUGAAGGAAGCCUAUCUGAACAACUGGUUCGUUCUGUUCUGCCGUCUCUGCAUCUACAUGAACAGCGCCAUCAACCCAAUCAUCUACAACGCCAUGUCUCAGAAGUUCCGUGCCGCUUUCCACAAACUAUGCCAUUGUGGGCCCCAGCGCUCCGAGAAGCCUCCCACGUAUAGCGUGGCCCUCACAUAUAGCGUCAUCAAGGAGACCUCCAAUGGUGAAAGCCCAGACCACUACACCACAGAGCUCGACGACAUCCGCGGGGCAGCCGAAGAGCUUUUGCCUGAGAGGAAGAGGUUGUCGUUUAAAGAGUCCUCGAUAGCUUGUAAAGACACAUUGGCUACUGCUUAGAUUCUUCUUAGAUUAGGUUGCUUAAUUUGCACUUUCAUAGUGCCUCUGAGUGGCCUGUUGGUGGGGCCUCAACAUGGAGACAGCAUUUUGACAAUCACAGACUUUCAUUUACAGAUUCAAAACAAUGCAGAUUUAUUCAUAACCUAGACUUUUAAAGUGGCUGAAGUCCAAAACAGGCCUGGCCCAGUCUUGUGAAGGUGAGGUAAUGCUCCAGAAGCAAUCAUGGGUGAGGACAGACAUACAAUUGGAUGGCUGAUUGAACAUGACUCUGUGAUGGUAUUGAUUUAGGGGUGACUGAGCGUGUGAACUAGGGCUGCAUGAUUAAUUGAAAUAAAACUGCAGUUGUGAUAUGGCUUAGUGGUAUUAUAAAAUCACAAAGGCUGCAGUUUAAUGAAAUAAAUACAGUUGAGGUCAAAAGUUUAUAUACACCUUGCAGAAUCUUCAAAAUGUUAAUUAUUUUAUCAAAAUAAGUGGGAUCAUACAAAAUGCAUGUUAUUUUUUAUUUACUACUGACCUGAAUAAGACAAAAUAAGUUAAAUUUACCCUGAUCUUCAAAUUCCAAAAGUUUUCACCCCUGGCUUAAUGAAUCUGAAGCAUCAGUGAGCAUUUAAAACUUCUGUAAUAGUUGCAAAUGAGUCCCUCAGUUGUCCUCAGUGUGAAAAGAUGGAUCUCAAAAUCAUUGGAAAGGGUUCAAAUUCACAAAAAAAUGCUAAAAAAACAAAAAAAUGUAUGGAACUUAAAGAAUUUUUCUGAAGAACAGCAGGCAGUUUUAACUGUUAUUAACAAGUAUCACUAAACAAACAAAAAAAACACAGCUAUGGAUCAUUCAGGUAACACAGUUUUAAGAAUCAAGUCAUUUUUAGAAAUUCAACUCUUAUUUUCAUUUGUGGACUAUAUGUAAACGUCUUUUAUCUCCUAUUGAAAAUUACCUACACAUUUGCUACUGGUGCAUCUAGAAUCGCCUGUGUGAAGCGCGGCACUGUGUUCUGUUACACGUCAGCAGCUCGUGACCGUGUUUUCAGUAUCUCAAAGCGGCUCUACAUUAACUCAUCUCUGCAUCUACUGAGUUGGGGUGGCUUACAUGCAUUACAUGCAUUCCCUAACUGUAACGAGAAGCACUUAUAAACCAGUUGUAUAGAGAGAGAAAAAGCGAAUGUUUAAUGGCUAUAUUUGGCUUCGUCCCUCUGCCAAAAUAAAUCUCAAUUUUUAUCCAAAAUUGUGCAGUCCUAGUUUAAGCUGAGAGGUGAAUUCUUUACUUAAUGUCAGAAGAUUUCUACCACUCUGGUCUCAAAGUGAUGGCCAGUGGUCACUGUGGCAACGGCUGCACGCAUCAUUGCCAAAUAAUCACUCUGGAAAACUUGUUCCAGGAACAGUUGUCACAUUGUCACUCACAGUGCGCGCUGAAAAAAUGGACGGUUGAUUACUUCUUUUACAAUUGUAGAGCUGUAUCCUGCUCAAUGAUACUUUGUUUUCCAAAAGGAUAUAAAAUGACACUAUUAUGAGGCUUAAAACACCACAGUACACCCACAGCCGUGACACUAGAUUUAAGGGCAUUGCAUGUUCAAGCCCUUAAUUUUAGCAUUUCGGCAGGUCACGAUUCACACCCACUUCUCAAAUUUAUCAGUCUAAAUCUAGAGUAAACAAGUAUCUAUUGUUUGUCACAUAUAUUGUGCAGCUGAGGCUGUUUUCUCAGAUCUGAUACUCAUGCUGGCACUGAGAUUUUCCAGCAGAGCUCAAUUUUGCAGAUGGUAAAAUGAAAAAUUAAAGAGGAGAUGAAGAUCAUCUGUGAUUUUGGAUAUUUGUGUCUAUCAUUUGCAUCAUUGUUGUUUAAUAUAAGGGAAGGUAAUUUAAGAAUUAUUUCAUGCUGUAAAUGCCUUGUUUUCAUAUCUAUCUCCCUAAAAAACAAGAUGUUUUAGCGCUUUAUCUGUAGUUUUUGGUAGUGGCUGCUGUAAAAUACUAUAUGUGUGAAUAUGGAUUGUGAUGUGACAUUUUAAACACUCAAACACUUCAGUGGAUGAAAUGUACAGCUGUUGUGAUGUAAGCAAAAAGUGUGUGGUGGUAACAUUUGCUCAUUAUUAGUCUUUAAAUUGUCUUUCUUGCUGCUUUGUAUUUGUAUUUUGUACAGUUGUUGUUUAAAAUAAACUGAUAGUAGAUGAUUAGGAAA